AUGGUUAUUUGCUUGAUACAGUUUGCCAAGAUCGGUUGGUACAGAGGUGAAGUACAAGUCAGCAAUGCUUUUGAUUCAGUCGUGGAUAUCAACCCAAAGUUCGAAGAUGUAAUUGAAUUUACAAAACAGAUGUUGGCCAAUGAUCUUCUUCUUGCUCUUAUUGUGCCAAAAGACGAAAAGAAAAUUGUUCAGAAGCAGAAACAAGAUUGGACCGAGAUUGAAGUCAGACAUAUAUCUGAGAUUUUGCUUUCAGGAGUGGAUCCAAACAAAGAAACUUCAUCUGAGGGUUUGUCAACAACAUUUUCGAAGCGCAAAGAAGAAGAUGCUGAUCUACUUGACAUGACAUCUACGUCUAAGAAAUUGUGCACUAAGAUGAUCAAGUUGGAGAAGAUAACGACUGAUGCUUAG